AUGGAUCAGGCAAAGUUGGCUCGGAUGCAGGCUAGCGUGCGGAUUGGUAUACUCGCGCGACUUGCGUUCUACCCCAAUCCUUUUUGGAUCUUCAAAUUACCUAAUGUCUUCUCAAUGGAAAAGUGUUUGCUGACAUAUCUCUCUUCUGCGCUUGGUAGGGGUACUCCCCGCCGCAAGGUCAAGAAGGUCCACAAGUCCUCCGGUGCCGAUGACAAGAAGCUCCAGGCCACCCUGAAGAAGAUGAACGUCCAGCCCAUCCAGGCCAUCGAGGAGGUCAACAUGUUCAAGGAGGACGGCAACGUCAUCCACUUCGGUGCCCCCAAGGUCCACGCCUCCGUCCCCUCCAACACCUUCGCCCUCUACGGUAACGGCGAGGAGAAGGAGCUCACCGAGCUCGUCCCCGGUAUCCUGAACCAGCUCGGCCCCGACAGCCUGGCCUCCCUCCGCAAGCUCGCCGAGAGCUACCAGAACAUGCAGAAGGCCCAGGGCGCCGAGGGCAAGAAGGACGAUGAGGAGGAUGACAUCCCCGACCUCGUCGAGGGCGAGAACUUCGAGAGCAACGUCGAGUAA